AUCUGAUGCAACCCAAAAUUUCUGGAUAUGAAUCAAAUUCUAUUUAAAGUUGAUCAAAAAUCUACAUAGAACUACAAGUUUACCGCGAAUUGAAUAUGGCUACUAAAUCAACAGACUAUAGCGAAUAUUUUGAUAUGAUAGACUACUGUAAAGAUCACAACAAAAACAUGGGAACCCAGGACAGAUUUUUGGCUCCAAAAUCUUGGGAAUGGACUUCAAAUAUUGAAAUAUUUCAUAAUGGGCCAAACACUACACAAACAAUGUACCAAAUGCUUUGUCAUCACGACACUCUUCAAAAUGCUAAAUUGGAAUUCAUAGAGUAAAAGUUUACAUCCAUGUGUACCAAUAUGGAAGGUCAUCAACUAGAAAGACCUAAAAGCAGUUCCAGAUGGUUGAAAACAUCAACUCCAAAUCUACAUGUAUGUGACACUGGACAUGUUCAUCCUAAAAAUAUCCUACGACUCAAUAGUACUGGAGAAAUUUCAUCAGAUGACGACCUAAACCUUAAACAAAACAAAUGUUAUUGGGAUAAGAUGAAAGAAAAAGCCACUAAUCUUACAAAUAUUGGGAAAUUGGACAUUCAGAAUCUCCUUUUGGGAUCAACACCAAUUUCAAAACAAUUUUGUGCAAAAGACCAGGAAGUUAGUAAAAGUGUAAUGGAUAAAAUAAGACAAUACCAAAACGAGUGUGUUUGUGAUUCAGAUGUGAGCCCCAAAGUUACAUCAUACAGAGAUGCAUUACAUUUUGGAAAUAAACGAAGUUUCUUACAAGGUUUAAUGAUGAACCGUAGUAAAAUUCUUCAUAAUUUGGACUGUCUUCAAGGCCGCCAAAAUACCAUUAAUAAAUACCCAACAUACAGUGAAGCAUUAAGUGGUAAACAUAAACAAGAAGGACAAGAGCCUAUUAAAUCAACUCUUAAAUUAAAUGAGGAGGAAGCAAAAGCUCCUUCAGGAUUGGAGAACAGUGCAGUAUCUAAGAAUGACUUGCAAUCGGUGCCUCGAUAUAUACCUCCUUACAAGCGUAAAAAUGUAGGAGGUUCUGGUAAAGAGAAUGAUAAUUCUGUGCCUAAUGAAAAAUAUAUAUCACCUAAGCCGAGGCCUCCUAGGAAUUAUACCCCAAGACAACAUCGACCCCCAAUAUCUCAGACUGAGACACCCUCUAAAAGCAAUACACCAAGACAGUACGCUAAAGAGAAGCAUUAUUCAAAAAGAGCAGAUUUUUGUGAAAGGAAUUAUGAAGAAAAUUGGCGUCAACCUCGACCUGUGAGACCUCCUUCUCAAAAUAGAGAUGGAAAUAAUGUUGAACAUCAGAAUUCAAAAACUCCAAAUUCCAACAUGGCUGAUGUAAGAUUUAAUUAUCAGAUCAGGAUUGGAACAAGUCCAAAAUGUGAUAAAAGUGUCCUGGCACAUUGCCAUUCACCUAGAACUGUUUCAAGUGAUAAUGUCGAAGAUACGGAGAGAAGUCAAGGUACCCCGAUGGCUGAUGCUUUGGCAUUUAGCCCCUGUAAGACUGACUUCACUGACAUUUAUGUAUCUUUACAUAAAUCUGAUCUUGUUGAACCAACAUGUUCAUCCAAAAGUGAUACUGUUAAACCUCAACAUGAAAAUAUACAUGAGUGCAAUACAAAAAAAGACAAUAUGGAGCAUGAAAAAAGCCCAUUUACUGAUAGUGACAGCCAUGGUGCUGCUAAAUUUGCUCAAGAUGAUGACAUUCCUGCUGUUUCUAAGUCACUGAGUUGUAGUUUGAACAUAGCUGGACAUAUAUCCACCGAGGGGUCUGAUGAUAAGAAGCAUUUUAAAAUUAGUGCAACAGUGACCCCUGUUAAGUCUAGUGUAACUGAAACCUCCCCCACUACCCAAAGUCUUACAUCCCAAAGUGCUUUCUCCAAGAAGAAAAAGUCCAGACCAUCUUUGAAGAAGCGUCAGCGCAGAAAGCGACAACAGGGUCUUGUGACCGAGCCUCUAAAAUCAGAAGAUGAACACAUUGAACCUGUUGAUCUUAAAUCAAAUGAAACCCCAUUUUCUUCUCCACAACCAAUUCCCCUAUCACCCAAACAUUAUAAAACUAUCCAGGCAUUAAUUGUUGAGAGUCCAUGCAAAGAAUCCAUACAAGAUGAAAAUGAAGAUGAUGAAAUGUACCAAUCAUCAAAGACUAUGAACUCUGUUGCCUUUAUCAUUGGAGCCAUGAGUGAUUCCAGCCAAUCAGAGACUGACUCUGAAAAUGAGGAUUCUGAUUGGUCAGACUAUGAUCCAAUCAGCAAUGAUGAUCUCCUUCAAGAGUUUUCUAUUCAAGAAGACCCCUUUGGUUUUCUUAAUGUUCAGGUGACAUGUGCUAAAUCCUGUAUCCCUGAAUAUGCCUCGGAGCCUGUACUCUCCCCCAGACAAAAGCUGGACUUGGUCAAUUUACAGUGGGAUGCGCAACACUCCAACUUACCUGAUGUAACACAAUCUUCCAAAAAACUAAGAAAAAAGGUUUCUUUUGCUGAUGGAAAGAAAAUUGCGACAACUUACCCAAUGAUAGCCUGGGAUUAUGCUUAUAGGGCAGCUCGCAAAGCACCAUGGGAAAUGUAUGCCAGAGACAGGUGCCGAUUCAAGGAUCGUGUUCGAAACAUAGAAAGAUCUAUUGGUCACUGUGUUAAUAGAGAACACCGAGAUAAAAUGUACGCAAGGCUUCAUGCUGACUAAUUGGAUUGUGUUUUAACGGAUAAACAUAUACACUGUGAUAAACAUGUUGCUUCCUGAUGUCAUAUCAUAUACAAUAUGUGGAUAAAUGGAAGGACAGACGAAUGCUCUUGACUUAAAAUGUUAAAACUCUUAACUAAGUUAAAGCAGCGUGUAUCUGGCAUACACUCUUUAGUUUAGAUUUUAUAGAAUAUAGGACAAAAUAUUACAGAGAAUUAAAUCUUUCCAUAAAAACAUUACCUUGUCCAAUCCUCAAUACCUACCAUUUGAUGAGAUAUAUCAUAAAUCUUUUUUUAGAUCUUCUAUUUCAAGUAGUAAAAAGAAUUUCUGUUUUUUUCUUGUGGUGCCUUUAGUUGAAAGUUGCAUUCGCAUAACAUAUACUUGAGUCAUGAUUAUCUUGUUUAAGAGUUGAAUUUAUGUAUUACUGUAUGUUGGUCCACUCUGUAUAUAAGUCAAUUUUCAGUGGGUGGGUGUGUGGGUGGUUAAGAAUAAGAAUGUUAGAGGUUAUUUUCUUUACAAAAUAGUGUUUGAAAAAAUUGCUUCACUUCCAAAAGCCUGUUAAUUCAACAAGAGUUGGGGGGGGGGGGGGGCAGUUAAAUUUUCAUAUUUUGUGCAGAAUUAAGUGUGAAAGUUUCGAGAUGACCCCUUAUACACAUAAAUUACAAAUAACUUUUGAUACUGGGUACCUUUUCUCUCCAUGAAACCAUUUUACUGUAAGAAAUUAUUAACACUGACAAGCCAAAAUAUUGAUUUGUUUUUAUUAUA